AUGGAGAAUAGAGAUAUCGGCCAAGCAUCGAUCGACACGGAACAUUGUCAAUCGAGCGACGCAGAUACUGAAGAAUCGAUCGUUUCAUCAGAAACGUUAUCGAUCGAUACCAUCCAGCCGGAAGCAGGUAAGUACCCUCUUACCGAUGCUAAUAAUGAGAAAGUAGUCCAAACUGAACCAAUAGGUCAAUCAAGCAACAUUUAUAGUCAAACUACUGAAAAACAGGGGACUGAAAUCCCUGUUAAAUCAAACUCUACCUUAGACAUAGGUGAAGAAAUUAAAUUGCCCUUGCAAGACUACUUAAAUCCCAAUAGGACCUAUUCCAAUAGGUCCGUUAUCAGAAUACCUGACGACGUCAUCUCGAAAACCAAUUUUAGUGCUGACUAUUAUAAUAUGAUGCGUCGAAACCCUUUUAAAGGAUCUUCUCUAGAACAUCCACAAGACCACAUCGAGGGUCUAGAGGAAUUGAUUCCAGACGAGUAUAUUCGUUGCAGACUUUUUCCAUUUUCAUUAGAAGGGGGAGCCUUAAGAUGGUUAAACUGUCUACCAAGAGGAUCCCUGACUAGCUGGAAAGAGAUUAGAAAUGCUUUCCUUAAGCAAAUCUUCGACGAUACUCGUUAUUGGGAAGUAAGGAGGCGAAUCUCUACUUUCCGUCAAGAUCCUCAGGAAUCAUUCAAAAAUGCAUGGGGAAGAUUCAAGAGUUACGAACUCGAAUGCCCCCACCAUGGUUAUCCAGAACCACAAUUUCUUAAGAUCUUUUACAAAGGUUUUAUUCUGAGCUAUAAGACAAAGCUUGAUACAGCAAGCGAAGGGAAUUUCGUUAAUAGAAAUCCUAUGGAAGCAAAACGUCUAAUCGAAAACAUGGCAAGAGGAAGAUCCUAUGAAAAAAUGGAUGAAGAAAAAGAGAAAGACAAAACUAUAAUCUCAAUAGAAAAUACUGAGUUAGCUGAAAUAAAAAAUUCCAUAAAUUCGCUUCAUUCUCUUCUGACAGAUCAAAAUCCACCUAAUCUGUGCCACUUUACACGAGACUAUGAAAUCUGUAUACAGUCUCGUACUGGAAGAGAAAAGUACAAUCUUAAGCAAGCUCUUACAGGAAACCGUAAAAUGAAAUUCGAAUUCAACGGGAAAGUAAACAGUGUUUACGGAGAGCUAAAUCAGAAGAUGGAUUCUCUAAUUGAACAUCUACGGGGAAUGGAAGACAAAAUUGAUAACCUUGCAACAACUCUAAAAAGAGAGACAUGUCGUCUUCCUGGAAGGACCGAUGCUAAUCCUGGAGAAAAACGCCAGGCAUAUGCUGUGAUGCUACGAAGCGGAAAACGCCUUGAAACGAAUUCCAGAGAAGAUGUCAGAAAUAAAAAAUUCAUCGAUAAUGCGGGAAAAAGCCAUUCCAACCCCAUAGAACUGCUUGAUAACGACUCCGACUCAGAAACAUCAGAACAUAGGAAAAAUUCUUCAAAUGAAAAGAAUCAGGGGAAAACUAUAGAUUUAGACAAAGAGAAUCCCGAUGCCGAAGUCGAAAUCGACCAUCUAGACGAACCACAUGUCGAUCGAUCCUCUGGGAAGGAAAACGAUCGACCGUCUGGUGGCACCAGCAAUAGCAAUACACAAUCUACCGGAACUGAAAGAAUCUAUAGAGCUCCUCCCCCAUUUCCUCCAAACAAACCACAAACUAAGAAAGCAUUGGAACAUGCAAUCUGCAAAAAGGCUUUCGAUAAAAUCAAAUUCGAGACAUCCCUCAGUGACGCUCUUAAGAUAGCCCCUUCGGUGAAGUAA